CAUGGUUACAAGGUCACAGAUGUUUAGUGUACUACUGUUAGACAGUUAAAUUGAUCCUUUAAAGUGUAACCUCUUUGGUGCUAACCUUUUUGAAUUCUGAAAUGGAUUUGGUUCCACCCUUAGCGUCGGUACAUGCCUGUAGCGUUCAGCCAUUAGAUGAUUACGAAUCCCCAAGAGCACCACUUCUUCGACAAGUAUCCUUGGAUGAAGAACGUCCGGAUGACUGUCAAGGUCACUGGAGGGGUAAUUACAUCCAGGGAGAUGACCAAGAGCGGGGGGUGAGAUUGUUUAGAGCUUUGCUGCUGCAGCACUUGAGACUUGAGGAGCUGAGACCACCGCCCUGCAUGAUGGUACCGGCAAAACCUGAUCACAGAGGGUGGUGGAUGUACUGGCGAGACUGGAGGUCGCUGGAGCGAGCAGCCAAGAGGUUCAGAGAGACUAAGGCGCGGGCUAUCCUGGCAGCUAGAGCUGAACACAUACCACUGCUGAGUUUAGAUGAAGUAGCCUUUGAGGAUAUCAUGCAGGAACUGUGUCAGGCAUGUUCUCACGUGGAGAACAGAGCACUGGUGGUACUGGCGUUCCUUUGCGAAGUGUGCGCGCGCGCUGUAAAGGUGGGCGGUUGGUGCCGCGCGGCGGACUGGGCAGCGAGGCACGUCGCACAGUGUGCAACGCCCUGGGCAAAUCGACAUGGAGGAUGGAGCGCAGUAGUUGAUCGUGCGGGAGGAACUCGCAGAGAUGAUACAACUCUGAUCGCCGGCGCGGCAUUUGCAGCUCUAUUGGCGUUCAUACUGUUCUGCCGUCAUCGUUUCCGUUAUACAGUACUUUAAAUAACCUCUUUGGUUAUUUUGGAUUAAUAACCCGUUGUACGAUGGUGUACUGCUACUCGGAGAAAGUUCGAAAGGAGAUUGGGAAAAGAUGUGAAAAGGUUCUGACGUGUGACGUAUCUUUUGAAUGUUUAAAAAGAGUUUAAA